UAUUUUUUGGUUACCUUUGAUUCCCUUAAAUCUCAUAUUAUAUUAAUUAUUUUGUAGGAGUAUUAUACUUUUUCCCCGAUUAGAUCUUAUAUUAUAAGAUAAUUACCCUUUGAAGAUGAAAGCUGAAUUUAAUACGGAGGAAUUGCGGGAAGAUAUGCGAAGUAGAACGACGGCCGUACGGGAGGAAGCAGAAAUGGAAUCGAUGACUAAAGAGGACUCCUCGAAGAAAGACGAAAUGGGUUCGCUGUUUGAGGGGAUGGUUCUCUUCAAUCCGGGUGCAGAUGUCGGGCAAUUGUCCACCGUGGCCGAUGCCGAUGCAUCGGCUUCUUCCCCAUCUAUAUCUAUGCAGCUUCCUGCUGUAUCCAAUGAACCCCUUGAUGAGAAUCUUUUCUCGGAUCUCACUCUGAUGACUCCCUCUCAAUCUCUACUGCUCGAAGAAGAAGAAGAUGAAACCCAAUCUCCAUCUGAUCUGCCGGCACUAUCUCGGCAGAGUUCCAGUAGGAGAAGAAAAAAAGCUGGUUUAAGGAUAGGAUAUGGCAGAGAUAGAGAUUAUGCUUCUGACAACCGACCACAAUCUCACCCCUUGCCCCAUACCCAUCUCAAUGAGAUAGUAUCCGCAUCCCAUGAAGAACAAAAGCUUGAAGAGGAAGCUGAGGAGUUGAGGCAGCAAGAAAACAAUAUCCCCACUUCUACUACUGCAGCCAAAGAGCAGGAUUCCAAUGGCACUGACUCUGACAGAAAUGGUAACUUGGCGUCGGCUACUCCUAUUUCGGAAAAUAUGGAUGCUAGUCAUCUAAAUGCUAAAGCACACCCUGUUGAGUUGAAAUUCGAGCAAAUCAGGGCCAGCAUUGCAGACAAGCUUAAGUUGGCGCGGGAGGCAGUAACGUCGGUCUCCGCAAUGCGGAAAGAAUCUAUCCAUAGGAGAAGAAAAGCUGUCGACGACUUCAAUGGGGCAUCUUCCCGCCAUAGGGAGUUGGAGAAGAAGCUGGAUGAAGCUUGCGAGGCAGAGGAUUUCGAGACCGCUGAAAGGGUCAGUGAAAAUCUUGCUUUGGUAGAGAAGGAGAAGGAUCGGUUGGUCAUCCUGCUCAGAGAUGCCGAGACAUACUGUGAUGUCGUUGACACUAAGAUGCAGGAGGUUCUUGACUCACUUAUUCAAGCUGAGGAGGAAUGUGUUUAUUUGCUAAGAAGAUUUUCAGAGGAAGCUGCAAGUAGUGCAGAUUCAGUCCUCAUGAAUGCAGAAACAAUGUCUUCAAAAGACAGUGCUGAGUGGCUUUCAUCAGUUGAAGCCAUAGAAGUCAGCAAGUUCGAAUUAGAAAUUCAAUCCCAACUAGUUCAUGAAGCUAAAUCCAUUUUGAAUGAAUCCAUUGAUCAAUCAGUGGAGGAUGACCAAAGGGAAAUAGAUGUUCUUUGCAUGAGAAAAGAAGAAUUGGCCGAAGAAUUGAGGAAACUGCUUGCUUUAGUGAAAGAGAAGGAAGCAGAAAUAGCAGAAAAUGAUGCUCUCAUUCAAAAAGUUGAGAAUAGGAUUGAUGGGGUUGUCUCUUGCUUUAAAGAGGUUCAAGCAAGUAUAGAUAAUAAUUAUGAUAAAUUGCAGUCAUGCCUUUCUGAGCUAAUGGUCGAGAAUGAAGUUUUGCUGAGAAAAAAGAAGGAUAUUGAUAACUACCUUUCUCAAGAAGAAUCCAGAGGAGAAAAGAUUAAGAAUCUUUCCAGGAGUGCUGCGGAUGAAGCAAACAUGUACGAAGAAGUUGCUGGUCUUAGAAAAAGUCUGUCGAUGUUCAUCUCGAAAUCCAAGGCCUAUAGAGUGAAUCUUGCCAAAAGUGAAGAAAGGAUCUCAGAGGACGUGCAAAUUCUCAAACAGGAAACUUUUGCUGCAAGAUCUUCACUUCAGGAGUUAUCUUCAACUAAGUCAAGUAUCCAGCAGGAAGUUGAAUCCUGUAAGCAGCGGCUUCUUUUCAUUGACAGGAGAAUUCCAGAGUUGGAGGCAGAGAAGAAGGUUGCUGCUACUACAAGAAAUUUUAAAGAAGCAGCACGACUAGCUGCAGAGGCUAAGGCCUUGUGCAUUGAAAAGGAAGAAAUACAGUGCAAAAAGGACAGCACUAAGUUAGAGCUUAAGAAGCUUGAGGAGAAAAUAUGCCACACCGUUGAUAGGCUGCAGGAAACUGAAGUGCAGAUUUCAUCGAAGGAAAAAGAGUUGGCUAUGAUUAGGUUCCAGAGGCUAAUUCUAAUUGCUAGAGCGGCUAGAGCUGAGAGAUCAGCGGCUUUGGAGUUGGGUCACCAGGAAGAAGCUGAGGCUUUAAUGGCAGAGGCUGAUGCUGCCGAGGUUGAAGCAAGAAAACUUCAACCAAUUUAUAAUUUCAAGGAAGAAGAAAUUGAAGAUUUGCCGAAACUUCUCAUAUCAUCUGAGCUUGUAUCCAUGCUUGGUGGCAAGCAAUUGGCAGAGUUGGCUGCUUCUGCAAAUAUAGUGGCAUCAUGAAUCUUUGGCAACUUAACUAUGAAAUUUGGAAGACUUAUGGCUUGGGUUUACUGGGAGCUUUCCCUGACCAUUAAUAAAAGCAUUUGUGGGGGAGCUUUGUUGGUGAUGAUGACUUUUGUCAAAGGGUGUAACAGACAAAAAUGACCUUCUUGGAGAGAGCAUAGCCCUAAUGAUUAUAGGGCGUUUGAUUCCUUUGCAUUACCUUGCUGAGGCGGAGACUGGAUGGCGCACAAACAAAUAGGAAGGCUCAGCAUCGUUUCUUUUUAUUCAUUUUGGCUUACUUUUACUUUGUGUGGUAACUAGUACUGUUUUUAGUAUAAAGGUCUCCGUCUAAGAUCAUUUCUUAGCGCCACACUUUUUUUCUU